GAAACAAGAAAAAUGUAAAAGAGGACAAACAUACGUAACAUUGAUAAUAUUUUGCAAUUUAAAGUAAAAUUACAAAAGUUAUCGAAAUAUUUUCUAUCAAUUUAAUAUUAAAUUAAAAACCAUUCAACUUAAUUCGGACUGAUCACGGUAUGGUCGUCUGCUGGCGUCUGUCUCUGUCUGUCUUUCUCAGAUUUAGGUACGUGCUCUGUGAUUCUCAUCGGCCGACCGGUACAAAAAUACAAAUCGGCGUAAAAUCAAUGGAAGUAAGUUUUAAAAAAUGUGAGUGGUUCUACCACACAAAGGGACAUAAACUUACUUUUCAGGUGAAUACAUGAGUACAGAAAUGGCUGAAGAUUAUACUGAAAUUCGGUGAACACAAAUGUGAGUGAAUAUACCUAUUACUUAGCAGGUAAUAGAUCCACAAAAUCAUACAAAUUCAGAUACCUGCAGUUAUACUAAGGCCGAAGUUAACCUCGAGAUGAUAUCAACAAAAGUGUUGUUAGAACGCACCAAAUACUAUGGUUGUGACCGUUGCAAUCUUGUUUUCUUCCGACCAAAAGAUGUAAAGAUUCAUGCAGUUAAACAUAAACAAGAUAUUAUGAAAAGUGUGGACGACGACGACAUCGACGACAGAUUCGUAAAGCGUUUCUCGUGUGACGUGUGCGGGCGGCGCUUCGUGCAGCUCGGCACGCUGCGGGCGCACGCGGCGCUGCACGAGCCCUUCCCGCACGCCUGCCCCUGCGGCGUCGGCUUCUACCGCGCGCACGACCUCCGCGCCCACAGGAACCUGCUGCACCUCGACCAGAUACAGCAGACGCUCGCCGCGCUCACCCACAGGCAACAGAGGGCGUCCAGACACGAGAUCCGGCAGACAAAAGUGGUUAAAGCAGCCAAAAAGGAACCGAAGCUGAAAAUAGUCGAACCAGUAAAAAAAGUAAACAAACAAAAACGUUCGACCGAGACCCUAACAAGAUACAGGUCUGAAGACGAGAAUUUUAUCAUACCAAACGAUGACAAUAGUUUCUCAUGUCCGACUUGCUAUAAGAUAUUCAAAUCUAAGCAAAGCGUGGUGGUUCAUCUCGCCACCCACGCCCCGGUGAAGCCGAUCCUCUGCAGUUAUUGCGGCAGAGAAUUUAGAAGGCUGCAAAAUUUGAGGUCACAUGAGCGGAUACACAGAGGGGAGAAGCCGUUCAAAUGCUCGUUUUGCCCCAAAGUGUCCGGCGACGCGUCGACGCACAAGCGCCAUGAGCGCACGCACACCGGCGUCAAGCCCCACAGGUGCAACUUCUGCGGGAAGAAGUUCGCCGACGCCAGCGGGCUCAACGCUCACCGCAAACGGCACGAAGGCACAAAAGACGUCAAAUGCCCGCAUUGCCCCAAAAUGUUCUGGGAUAAAAAGACCUUAAGACAACACAUCCCCGUUCACAGUGACGAAAAGAACUUCGAAUGUCAAAUAUGCUCAAAAAGAUUUUCGCAAAAAUGUUACCUCAGAGUGCACUUGAAAGUUCACGGAGUUGAAAGAUUUGAGUGUGACUACUGUGGGUUCCUUUCUAUACACAAAUAUAAUUUAAUGACACACAUACAAAAUAAGCACAUGCAUAAAAAGAAACCGAAGCCGAAAAUUACAGUCGAUCCAGUCAAAAAACAAAAACGUUGGACUGAAUCCACGGCGACGAGAUACAGGUCCGAAGAAGAGAAUCUUAUCAAACCAAACGACGACAAUAGCUUCUCGUGUCCAACUUGCUAUAAGAUAUUCAAAUCUAAGGACAGCAUGGUGGUUCAUCUCGCCACCCACGCCCCGGUGAAGCCGAUCCUCUGCAGUUAUUGCGGCAGAGAAUUUAAAAGGCUGCAAAAUUUGAUUUCACAUGAGCGGAUACACAGAGGGGAGAAGCCGUUCAAAUGCUCGUUUUGCCCCAAAGUGUCCGGUGACCCCUCGACGCACAAGCGCCAUGAGCGCACGCACACCGGCGUCAAGCCAUACAGGUGCGACUUCUGUGAGAAGAAGUUCGCCGACGCCAGCGGGCUCAUCGCUCACCGCAAACGGCAGCACGAAGGCACAAAAGACGUCGAAUGCCCGCAUUGCCACAAAAUGUUCUGGGAUAAAAAGGCCUUAAAACGACACAUCCCCGUUCACAGUGACGUCAAAAAAGUAACAAAACAAAAACGUUCGACCGAAUCCCUAACAAGAUACAGGUCCGAAGACGAGAAUUUUAUCAUACCAAACGACGAUAAUAGUUUCUCGUGUCCGACUUGCUAUAAGAUAUUCAAAUCUAAGCGAAACGUGGUGAUUCAUCUCGCCACCCACGCCCCGGUGAAGCCGUACGCGUGCAAAUUGUGCGGUCAGAGGUUCACGCAAACGUCGGGGUUCUACAAGCACAUGAAAGUACACAGCGGCGUCACGGAGUUCCGCUGCAGUUUUUGCGGCAAAGAAUUUAGAAGGCUGGAAAAUUUGAGGUCUCAUGAGCGGAUACACAGAGGGGAGAAGCCGUUCAAAUGCUCGUUUUGCCCCAAAGUGUCCGGCGACGCGUCGACGCACAAGCGCCAUGAGCGCACGCACACCGGCGUCAAGCCCCACAGGUGCAACUUCUGCGGGAAGAAGUUCGCCGACGCCAGAGGGCUCAUCGCUCACCGCAAACGGCACGAAGGCACAAAAGACGUCAAAUGCCCGCAUUGCCCCAAAAUGUUCUGGGAUAAAAAGACCUUAAGACAACACAUCCCCGUUCACAGUGACGAAAAGAACUUCGAAUGUCAAAUAUGCUCGAAAAGAUUUUCGCAAAAAUGUUACCUCAGAGUGCACUUGAAAGUUCACGGAGUUGAAAAAUUUGAGUGUGACUACUGUGGGUUCCUCUCUAUACACAAAUAUAAUUUAAUGACACACAUACAAAAUAAGCACAUGCAUAAAAAGGAACAGAGGCCGAAAAUUACAGUCGAACCAGUAAAAAAAGAAAAACGUUGGACCGAAUCCGCGGCGACGAGAUACAGGUCCGAAGAAGAGAAUCUUAUCAAACCAAACGACGACAAUAGCUUCUCGUGUCCAACUUGCUAUAAGAUAUUCAAAUCUAAGCACAGCAUGGUGGUUCAUCUCGCCACCCACGCCCCGGUAAAGCCGAUCCUCUGCAGUUAUUGCGGCAGAGAAUUUAAAGGGCUGCAAAAUUUGAGGUCACAUGAGCGGAUACACAGAGGGGAGAAGCCGUUCAAAUGCUCGUUUUGCCCCAAAGUGUCCGGCGACGCGUCGACGCACAAGCGCCAUGAGCGCACGCACACCGGCGUCAAGCCCCACAGGUGCAACUUCUGCGGGAAGAAGUUCGCCGACGCCAGCUGGCUCAACGCUCACCGCAAACGGCACGAAGGCACAAAAGACGUCAAAUGCCCGCAUUGCCCCAAAAUGUUCUGGGAUAAAAAGACCUUAAGACAACACAUCCCCGUUCACAGUGACGAAAAGAACUUCGAAUGUCAAAUAUGCUCAAAAAGAUUUUCGCAAAAAUGUUACCUCAGAGUGCACUUGAAAGUUCACGGAGUGGCAAGAUUUGAGUGUGACUACUGUGGGUUCCUUUCUAUACACAAAUAUAAUUUAAUGACACACAUACAAAAUAAGCACAUGCAUAAAAAGGAACCGAGGCCGAAAAUUACAGUCGAACCAGUCAAAAAACAAAAACGUUGUACCGAAUCCACGGCGACGAGAUACGGGUCCGAAGAAGAGAAUCUUAUCAAACCAAACGACGACAAUAGCUUCUCGUGUCCAACUUGCUAUAAGAUAUUCAAAUCUAAGGACAGCAUGGUGGUUCAUCUCGCCACCCACGCCCCAGUUAAGCCGAUCCUCUGCAGUUAUUGCGGCAGAGAAUUUAGAAGGCUGCAAAAUUUGAGGUCACAUGAGCGGAUACACAGAGGGGAGAAGCCGUUCAAAUGCUCGUUUUGCCCCAAAGUGUCCGGCGACGCGUCGACGCACAAGCGCCAUGAGCGCACGCACACCGGCGUCAAGCCCUACAGGUGCGACUUCUGUGAGAAGAAGUUCGCCGAUGCCAGCGGGCUCAUCGCUCACCGCAAACGGCAGCACGAAGGCACAAAAGACGUCAAAUGCCCGCAUUGCCCCAAAAUGUUCUGGGAUAAAAAGGCCUUAAGACAACACAUUCCCGUUCACAGUGACGUAAAGAACUUCGAAUGUCAAAUAUGCUCAAAAAGAUUUUUGCAAAAAUGUUACCUCAGAGCGCACUUGAAAGUUCACGAAGUUGAAAGAUUUGAGUGUGACUACUGUGGGUUCCGUUCUAGACACAGAUAUAGUUUAAAGAAUCACAUACAAAUGCAUAUGUUUAAGUUUACUGAUAAAAAGAAACACUACUCUAUUGUGCAUAGUAAGGGUGCCCACAUGUGUAGUUAUUGUGAUAAAAAAUUCAAAAAUAAUUUGUUAUUGAAGAAACAUUAUAUGCGAGUUCAUAGCAAUGUAACGAACGAGGUUUGAAUGGGAUUAAUGUGGUGAACGAUUUUAUGAAAAAUCUAAUCUUGUAUAGGUACCAUAUACUUUCACAACAUUCAACGUUGUUGUAUUGUUAAAUUGUUAUAUUUGCUGUGAAAAGUUCAUUUUCGAUUUGAAGAAACACAAAGCUAAAAAUCAUAAUCCUCCUUCUGACGCAGUCGUGUAAAAAGAGUGUGCCAGUAAGUUUUACUCUUUUUUUUUUUGUUUUGGACUGUGUCCCGCGGAUUUAUUGCCGCGGUGAUUCUGCCAAUGUCAAAAGAGUGUGUCGCUGGGUUCAAAUGAGAAAGUGACAAGGUCCUUGCGUCAAAGAGAAAGUUCAAAGAAAUCAACACCCUGUAUAGUUUCCAACAUUGCUAAAAUCGGAACCAGCGAUCCGGUAUUGACGGUGGGGCCCCGCUGUCAAUGUCACGGAUAGGACAGUUCAGUAUAUUGGAACUUUAUCUGUGCCAAAGUCAGUAAAAUCUAAUUUUGUCAUUGCGGCCUUUGUCCCAGUAACCGAGAUUCAAUGCGUCAACACGUAGAACGGAACUGGAAUGUAAAUGGAAAAUAAUAAUUGAUAAAAGGGCUUAUUUCAAUAAUCCCCGCUGACAAUCCCCGUCAACGGGGAUUAGUCCCCGAGAUUAGGGAUCAUUAAUCCCCGUUAACGCCAAAUGGAGCUCAUAAUGGGGAUUAAUGAACUAAAAAGUUUUUUUAAUUUAAGUAUUUUUUUUUAAGUAUUGUAAUUAGGCUUAAAUUUAAUUCGAUCAAUAAGCGAGUUCUUAUCCAAUAAUAAAUAGAAGGUACCUGAUUCAUGCAUGCAUUAGUAUUUUAUUUUUAACGUAAUGGUAAUAGCUCAAAUUGGCGUUAACGGGGAUUAAUGAACAAAAAGUUCACUAAUCCCCGUUGACGGGGAUUGUCAACGGGGAAUCGUGGAAUAAGCCGAUAAAAGUUGAGAUCAUGUUUUGUCAAGUUAAAAGGUUCUGUAUUUGUAUAGAUAUAAUACUAUUAAAAUAGUACAUAAAUGUCAAACUAAAAA